UUUUCAUGCAGAGACAAACAGCAGGACAGACAGUGGUCCCAGCAGGAAGAUGGUCCCAGUUAAACUUCUCAUUCUGGGAGCUCAGAACACUGGAAAAACAGCGCUGUGUGUGCGUUUCAUAACCAAACGCUUCAUCGGUGAAUACGACCAUAAAAAGGAAGUGACCUACAGAUGCAGUCGGGUGGUCGACCAGGAGGCUGUAGAUCUGGAGAUUUUGGACAUAGCUUGUAAGGAGAGCUCUCUGGAUUCUUCUAUCCACUGGGCUGAUGGCUUCCUGCUGCUCUACUCCAUCACCCAACGCUGCAGCUUCCAGGAGGUGCCGCGACUCAAAAAACUCAUCGACCAAACCAAACAAAGUCUGGUUGUCCCUACAGUGCUGGUAGCGAAUAAAGCUGACCUGGAAAUAGGGAGGGAGGUGACAACAGAGGAAGGACAGAGAAUGGCCAAAGACUUAAGGUGUGGCUUCAGGGAGUUAUCUGUAGCAGAAGCAGUUUUAGCUGUGGAAGCAGCUGUGCUUCAACUCAUUAGGCUGGUGCUGGACCAGCAGCAUCCUCUUCCUGACCGCCGCUCCUACAUGCUGAGUGUUCGCCACGCUCUGACCAGGAAACUGACCCGAUCGAAGACCAUGCAGUGGUGACUGCAGCAAAAAAAAAAUGUUCACCAGGUGCUGGUACAUUUGAAAA